AUGCUGCAGGAGGGCGGGCUGAAGGCUUUCGCCGGCGGCAAUCUGGGUGAGCCCCUCAGUCGUUUAGCCCUGAACCCCGAAGGAUACGACGUCGCGGUUGUGGAGCUGUCGUCGUACCAGCUUGAGUCGAUCGUCGAUGCGCAAUUCGAUGUGGCGUGCUGGCUCAACCUGAUGCCCGACCACCUGGAGCGUUACGAAUCGGUUGAUGCCUAUGCCGCAGCGAAACGCAGGUUGCUCGAACGACGUCGGAUUGGCGGCGUCGCCGUUCUCAACGCCAAAGACAGUGUCUGCGCCGACGCAGGCAUUCGGCUCGGCGGCGCGACACGGUGGUUUUCGCGAUUGCCCAAAUCCGACCUUGCCGGUCCGCGAGGCGCGUGCGGUCAGGAGGACGGCUCGAUUAUCCGUACGGUGAAAGACGAGACCGAAGUCUACCGUCCAACAUCUGCCGCGCUCAUUGGUCUACACGGGCUUGAAAACGCCGCCGCUGCCAUUGAGUGUGCGCGGCAUCUGGAUGUGUCGCCGGAGGCCGUGCAACGUGGUUUGCAGAGCUUCCAAGGCCUGGCGCAUCGACUGGAAUGCGUGAGCGAAGCCGGCGGUGUGACCUGGUACAACGAUUCCAAAGCGACGAACCCCGCGGCCGUGCGCACUGCGCUCGACGCCAUGAGUGGCCCCGUGGUCUUGAUUUUGGGUGGCAAAGAUAAGGGCGCGCCUUGGGAUGACGUUCUGGCCGCGGAGGUUGAGUUGCGCAAAGUCCUGUUAGUCGGCGCGGCGGCCGACCUGCUGGCCCCGAUGUUCCUCGACGCCGAACGGGUGGGGACGAUCGACGCCGCCGUUGUUCGUGCAGCCGAGCUUGCUGAGGCCGGUGAUGCAGUGCUGCUUUCACCCGGAUGCGCGUCCUACGAUCAGUUCAACAACUUCGAAGAGCGCGGCGACGCGUUUAAGAAGGCGGUUUUAGCCCUAAGCGAGUCGGAGGAGUCCACGUGA